CCUACACGAAGGACUAAGGCUUCCUUUUUUAUUUGUUUAGCAAGACCCCCCACGGGCCUGAGAGAGGCCCGUCCGCGCAAUACAAUCAUGUCCACCGCAGUGUCUUCCGCCGUGGCAUGCUUUAGGCUUGGAGCAUUCUUCUACUACCAGCCGCAGCGGCAGUAGUCACGAUUCCCAUCAAAACCACCUUCAUCCCGCAGACCUCUACUUGCAAUCUUACGAUCCGCUCUACCACCCCAAUCCUCAUUCCUACUCUCCACAGUCCUUAGAUUCACAAUUUAUCCCGUCCGGUGAUGAGUUCACUGGCCUCGAAUCCUGGGAUACUUGGGCUACGCUCGAUGCCGGUUAUUAUCAGCCAUCGAUAGCCAAUUCGACUUCUCUCUAUCCGACACCUGUUAUAGAAUCACUGCCAACUCCUGUUAAUAAUGAUCUCCCUUCGAUCCUGGAACUUAAUGACUCUCAAGAAUUCCUCCGAUCCCUUGACGCUGGUUUGACACGUCCUGAAGGUUCGUCCGAGAAACUCGUUCGGAUUGCUCUAUAUGAUGUACCUAACCAACCCCAGACUACUGUCCCGAGCCCGCUACUAAUUUACCGCCUCCACCUGCAACCGCAACCAUGACCUCGUCACCUAGCUCAUCGUCUCCUUCCAGCGACUCCGUUCCUACUCCAUCAGUUUCUGGCCUUGCAAAAUCUACUAGCGCCUCUCGUAUCGAGAAGCGCCAGCAGAACACACUGGCUGCUCGUCGGUACCGCCAAAGGCGAGUGGAUCAGUUGAAGAGUCUAGAAGAGGAACUGCGCAAGGUCAAAGAGGAGCGCGAUGCAUUGAAGAUGCGCGUCUCUAAACUGGAAGGUGAAACGGAAGCCCUGAGAUGUCUUGUCGGGCGGAAAAAGAAAUAGUUUUUGCUCUAUGCUUUUGGAUAUUUAGAUCAGUGGCAUUAUAAUUGAGAGGAUCUUGCUGUCAUUGUUCGUCUAUUUGGCGCCCCUUUUCCCGUAAGAAAUCAUACCUGUAAGCAUUACAUAGUAAGCAAACGUGAUCGUCUAGACAUUAUAGCACAAAAAUGAGAGAAUUGGAAGUGGGGCUCUGACGAUGUCGACAGAUAAAUUUAAUCCUUCAUGUGUAAGAUAUAGAAUCUUUUCAGAGAUGGAUUUCUUCUUCAUGCCCGUGGAAGUCAAGUGUGGAGAACAAACGGCAGUAUGGGGGGGGGGGUAAGUGAAAUCGAAGUGGAUUCAAAACUGACCCUGUUAAUUAAGGUUCCAUGGAUCGUCCCGAAAGGCAAUAAUACAUACCAUACUUAGUAUAUGUAUGACAUUUCCGUACCGUACGGUGUUCAGUGAUAUGCG